AAUGCCCAUAAAGACACUAUUGGUGUUUCAGAUCUUAACAGGGUGCCUCCCCAUAGAGAAAAUGAAAUAUUGAUCAAGAAGACAAUUGAUGUUCAUGGAAGCAGAUACAAAGAGUCUUUGAAACCAUCACCAACAGAUCAACUGAUUAAGACAGAAGAAAGAGAAAUGGGUGAUACUGGUCUCAAGCCUUAUAUUCUCUACCUGCGUCAGAAUAAAGGCUUCUUCUAUGCUUCUCUGGGUAUUAUUUCCCAUAUAAUUUUCGUAUGUGGCCAAAUAUCACAGAAUUCAUGGAUGGCUACUAAUGUCGAGAAUCCUGAUGUUAGUACUCUUAAGUUGACUUCUGUGUACAUUGCAAUUGGAAUCUUCUCGGUGUUCUUCUUGCUAUUUAGAUCAUUAGCAGUUGUUGUUCUUGGGGUCAAGACAUCAAGAUCCUUAUUUUCUAAGUUACUCAACUCAUUAUUCCGUGCACCAAUGUCCUUUUAUGAUUCUACCCCUCUUGGAAGAAUACUUAGCCGGGUUUCUUCAGAUCUGAGUAUUGUUGACCUUGAUAUUCCGUUUGGCUUCAUGUUUAGCGUUGGUGCUGGCAUAAAUGCAUAUAGCAAUCUAGGAGUAUUGGCUAUUGUUACAUGGCAAGUUCUGUUCGUCUCUGUGCCAAUGAUUGUUUUGGCAAUCAGGUUGCAGAGGUAUUAUUUAGCCUCAUCUAAGGAAUUGAUGAGGAUCAAUGGCACUACCAAAUCUGCUCUCGCUAAUCACUUGGGCGAGUCGAUUGCAGGGGCUAUAACAAUAAGGGCUUUUCAGGAAGAAGAUCGUUUCUUUGAGAAAAACUUGGAACUUGUUGACAAGAAUGCUGGUCCAUAUUUCUAUAAUUUUGCAGCAACUGAAUGGCUCAUUCAACGUUUGGAGACCAUGAGUGAUGCAGUUCUUUCUUUUUCUGCCCUUAUCAUGGCUCUUCUUCCUCAAGGAACUUUUAGCCCUGGCUUUGUAGGAAUGGCAUUAUCUUAUGGUCUAUCCCUGAAUAUAUCCUUUGUUUUCUCUAUCCAAAACCAAUGCCAGCUAGCUAGUCAAAUCAUCUCUGUGGAAAGGGUUCAUCAGUACAUGGACAUACCAAGUGAAGCAGCAGAGAUUAUUGAAGAAAAUCGACCAGCACCAGACUGGCCCCAAGUUGGCAGGGUGGACCUUAAAGAUUUGAAGACAAGAUAUGCUCCUCUUGUAUUACAUGGAAUCACCUGCAGUUUCCACGGUGGAGAUAAGAUCGGUAUAGUUGGGCGAACAGGAAGUGGAAAGACAACUUUAAUUGGUGCACUGUUUCGUCUUGUUGAGCCAACUGGAGGGAAAAUAAUUAUAGACUCUAUAGAUAUCACCACAAUAGGCUUACAUGACCUGCGUUCACGUUUGGGUAUCAUUCCGCAAGAUCCGACACUCUUUCAAGGAACCAUAAGAUAUAAUCUAGACCCUCUUGGGCAAUUCUCUGAUCAACAAAUAUGGGAGGUUCUCGGCAAAUGUCAGCUUCUUGAAGCUGUCCAGGAGAAGGAAUAGGGAUUGCACUCACUUGUUGUGGAAGACGGUUCAAACUGGAGCAUGGGUCAAAGGCAACUCUUUUGUUUGGGACGUGCACUUCUAAGAAGAUGUCGUAUCUUAGUUCUUGAUGAGGCCACGACAUCUAUAGACAACGCUACUGAUGCUAUCCUUCAGAAGACGAUCAGGACAGAGUUUAGAGAUUGCACUGUCAUCACUGUCGCACACCGUAUACCCAUGGACUGCGAUAUGGUACUUGCAAUGAGUGACGGUAUGUUUUCUUCUCGAACUUGA